AUUACGGUGUUUAUUAAAAUAACAUUUCCAAGAUGAGUAUUAAGGCAAAUACUAAUAGAGUAAAUACAAUUUGAAUUAUCCAAAACAGCAGGUUGGGGGCGUUAACCGUGUACUCUCGUGAGGUUUAAGUAAAGUCGUGUCGUCCUUCUUGUUAUUAUUCAAAGAACAGCAGCAUUAAAGUGAUAUAACAACGGCUAGAGGCUCAAAUAAAGACAUAAAAUCCCAACACAGAGUAAUAAAACGUCUCAUCGUUCUUUUCUGCUGCAGUUGUUCAACACAUCUAUGUAGUUUCAGGCGGGGAUCUUGAACUCUCGCGAUGGUUGUCGCUAUUCAUGCGAGCUUCGAGUGAACUUUGGCAUUUCUCCUCCCUCUUUGUUUUUCCAUUAUAAUCAUUAUUCAAAGAUCAAUAACAGCAUUAACAAAUGAAAGCGAAGAUGGGGACAAAAAACGCCAGAACGAAAUGAAAACAACACGCGCUCCUCAGGUCCAGGGGGCGUGAGCUCUCGAGCCUCUUCCGCGCACUCUCGCGAGCUUUCUGGCAUUCGCUACUCUACUCGGACUCCAUGAUCUGAUCGCGAGCGGCGCGAUCCAACCUGCGUGUCCCGCGCGCGUUCUCAGCGCGUCGUGCGGCGCUCAUAUUCCCGCUCCGAUGGACUGAGAGCAAUAGCGCGAGCAUGGAGAAUGUUAAAGCGAAGAAGAGCAGCGCUCUGAGUGUGGCCUUGAGAUCCACAGAAGACGACGAUGAAGGCCAGAGCUCGCCCAAGCCCCGUCAUAUGCGGAGCCGGACGCAGAGCCCCACCGAGCUCAAUGUACUCAACAAAGCCUGCAAGAGCAGCUCCAGCCUGCUGCUUAGGAAGAGGAGAGUAAAGAGGCAUGUGUCCAGCAUCAGCAGCGCCUCUCACAGCCGCGGUCUGGACCGCCAUACGAUGCUCAGACACCGCGCUAGUCCGCAGCUGCAGCUGUCAGAUCGCCAGUGGGUCCGGCAGGACCUGCGCAGGGGCUGCGUUCACGUCCACGACCGGCUCAUGGCGUGCUCCCAGCCGCCCAGACCGGUGCUGUGCACGGUGGAGAGCACCGCGGCCGAGAUCGCGCAGCGGCUACAACAGAUGAGCGGCAAGAUGGGCUCCGUUCUGCGGCUCAGCGCGAAGACCUGCCCGGACGUCAACGGGAACUGCGACGGAGAGUACCCGCUCAGACACCUGCCCGACCAGCCCAACGAGCGAUUGCGGCUCUUACUUCUGGAGUCGCACCGCCAGUACCUCCAGGAGUACGACGUCUACACGCGUCCGGAUGGCGAGCUGGAGCGCGCGUCCCCGCAGGACGAGGAUUCGGUGAAGAGAUUCACUGGCUCGGACGCGGAGACCAGCAGCGCUUGCGACGACCUGAGCUCCGGGGCCCGGCUCAGCCAGCACCGGGACUCGCUCAGCGACGACAUGAUCCUGGGCACUGACGCCUCGGCGUUUGACAGCAGCGCCACCGAGGGCCUGGACACGUACGGCAGCUCCUCGGAUGAGCUGGAACUGGACUGUCCGUCGGAACCUGUUCUACAGAACGCGAACGAGGUGAACGCGAGGCUGAACGCGCUCAGCAUCGGCACCGAGGCCGCGGGGGACGGUCCGGAUUCUGGUACUGAUGGGGAAUCGGACUCCGGCCCGGCGCUGUACGUGCAGCUGCACGGCGAGACUGCCCGGCGCAUGGGGCCCGAUGAGAGGCCGCUGCAGGUCCAGAACGAUUUUCUCUUUAAAUUGGGAUUUAAAGACCCGUGGCGGGUGCAGGAGGAGGGCAUGAACACUGAGCUGGGAUCACUCCUGCGCUUCUACGCAGGUAAACCUCACAGCAUCGAGUCCUCCGAGCGCAUCCAGCUCUCUGGAACAUAUAACGUGCGUAAAGGAAAGCUGCAGCUGCCGGUGAACCGCUGGAGUCGACGGCAGGUCAUUUUAUGUGGCACUUGUCUCAUGGUGUCUUCAGUCAAAGACAGCCAUACGGGCAAGAUGCACAUCCUCCCGCUCAUCGGCGGAAAGGUCGAGGAGGUGAAAAAACACUCUCACUGUUUGGCCUUCAGUUCGGCUGCUCCGCAGAGUCAAACCUACUACAUCAGCUUCAACAGCUUCACUGAACACCUGCGUUGGCAUCGGCAGGCUGCAAAGAUGGUGUCUCAGCGCAUCAGUUCGGUGGAUCUGUCGUGUUGUAGUCUAGAGAAACUGCCGCCCAACCUGCUGUACAGUCACGAUCUGACACAUCUGAACCUCAAACACAAUUUCCUGCCUGCUGACCAAACACUGCUGCAGCUCCAGAGGUUUUCACGCUUACGGAGUCUGAAUCUAUCUAACAAUCAGUUGAGAAGUUUCCCGCUGCCCAUCUGCUCCAUUAGCACUCUGACGGAGGUCAACCUCAGCUGCAACCAUCUGACCUCCAUCCAUCCUGAAGUGGCCAACAUGACCAAUUUGCAGACGUUUGUGUUGGACGGUAAUUUUCUGACGUGUCUUCCGGCUGAGCUCGGCUGUCUGCAGCGACUGGCGUAUUUGGGUCUGUCCUUCAACGAGUUCACUCAGGUGCCGGUGGUGCUGGAGCGUCUGCCUGCUGUCGAGAGACUCUGUAUGGCGGGAAACAAACUGACAGUGCUGACGCUACAAACCUUCCGCCUGCUGACGCUCAAACACGUUGACCUGCGUCUGAAUCAGAUCUCCAGCAUUGUUCCAGACGAGCCGGAGUUUCUGCGUCACAUGACGCAGCUGGACGUGCGCGAUAAUCGCCUGAGUGAGCUGGACGCGUCUGUCUUCCCGCGGCUGGAGGUUCUGCACUGUCAGAGGAACUGCAUCACACGACUGCGUCUGAGCGGCUGCAUGCUCAAAGCUCUCCACGCCGCCAGCAACGAGCUGCAAGAGGUGGAAGUGAAUCCUGUGGCCUCCAACCUCACCUACAUGGACAUCUCAAGGAACUGUAUGAAGAUUCUUCCUGAUUGGUUGAGUGACAGCAGGAAGCUGGAAGUUUUAGACGUCAGCCACAACCACAUCACCGAACUGCCAGCGUGGUUGUUGUGCAGCGGUAGUUUGAGGAAGAUCUUGGCUGGUCAUAAUCAGUUGAAGCGUUUGCCGGAGCGGGUGGAGCAUCCUCUAGUGGAGGUGUUGGAUGUGCAACACAAUCAACUCACUGAGCUUCCCUGUAAUCUCUUUCUCAAAUCAGAGAGUUUAAGGUGCCUGAAUGCAUCAGCCAAUAAGCUGGAGAAUCUGCCCUCCUCCAGCCUAUCAGAGGAGAGUAACAGUAUUCUACAGGAGCUGUAUCUGACCAAUAACCACUUGACAGACAAGUGUGUGCCACAACUGACCGGACACACACACCUGAGGAUUCUGCACAUGGCCUACAAUCACCUACAGACAUUCCCAGCCAGUAAAAUGGCCAAGCUGGAGGAGCUGGAGGAAUUGGACCUGAGUGGGAACAGGCUGAAGGCAGUGCCCACCACCAUCCUGAACUGCAGACGCAUGCACACGCUGGUGGCACACUCCAACUGCAUCGAGGUGUUCCCUGAGGUCAUGCAGCUCAUGGAGAUGAAGUGUGUGGAUCUGAGCUGUAAUGAGUUGAGUGAGAUCACAUUACCUGACAGUUUGCCUCCUAAACUUCAAGAGCUGGAUCUGAUGGGCAACUCUCGCUUGAAUCUGGACCACAAAACCCUCGAGCACCUCAAUAACAUCCGCUGUUUCCGAAUCGACCCGCCCCCCUCAUCGUUCUCAGCGAAUGAGGCCACAGGAGGGCCGGCUGUCUGGAGUCACGGCUACACCGAAGCAUCAGGCGUCAAGAACAAACUGUGUGUGGCGGCACUGUCAGUGAACAGUUUCUGUGGCAGCAGAGAGGCUCUGUACGGUGUAUUUGAUGGCGACAGGAAUGUGGAGGUGCCGUAUUUACUGCAGUGCACCAUGAAUGACGUACUAGCGGAGGAGCUAUACAGAAACAAGAGUGAAGAAGACUACAUGACCAACACUUUUCUGGUCAUGCAGAGGAAGUUAGGCACAGCAGGGCAGAAACUAGGUGGCUCGGCAGCACUCUGUCACAUCCGUCAUGACCCGACAGACCCGGCGGGCUGCUUCACCCUCACUGCGGCGAAUGUGGGAAAGUGUCAGGCGGUGCUGUGUCGCAACGGCAAAGCGCUUCCACUGUCACUGCUGCACAACAUCAGUAUCAAAGAGGAAUACAAGCGCGUGCGGCAGCACAAAGCUAUCAUCACCGAGGACAACAAAGUGAAUGGAGUAACGGACUCCACACGCAUCAUGGGCUACUCGUUCCUCUAUCCGGCAGUCCUGCCUCGCCCGUAUGUCAACACGCUCCCGCUAACACCCAGAGAUGAGUUCUUCAUCCUGGGCAGCAGAGGUCUCUUUGAGGUCCUGGACCCCAGCGAGGCAGUUGAAGCCAUACGAAAAGUGCCCGACGCGCUGGCAGCCGCCAAGAAGCUUUGCACGUUGGCGCAAGCUUACGGCUGCACGGACAGCCUGAGCGCUGUGGUGGUGCAUCUCAACAUUGCUGAAGAUUGCUGCUGCUUUUGCUGCUCGCCGUCCUCUGAGCCAGGCUCUGCAAGUCUCCAUCCACCGCCGCAGCCUCCACCCAGCCCCGGUCCAGGCCUGUUCCCACCCUCCUCCACCGGCAUGCCUCCAUCCUCCUGCAGCGAGAUCAGUUCUGAGGUCAGCGCUUCUGAGAUGAGCUCUGAAGUGGGUUCCACUGCAUCCUCGGACGAGCCCCUGCUCCAGGACACUCACCUGUACCUUCAUGCUCAAAGCCACCCGUCACAGCUACAGCAGAACCCACGCCUGCCCUGCUGCAUGCUUCACCUUGCCCCCAACACCACCAGCUCUUUCCAGAGGCAACUCUCCAGUGCCACCUUUUCCAGCGCGCUCUCGGACAACGGUCUGGACAGCGAAGACGAGGAACCCAUCGCUGGUGUCUUCUCCAAUGGCAGUCGAGUGGAAGUAGAAGCUGACGUCCACUGUCUGGGCCACCUGCUACCACCUCCGCCUGCUCCACCCUGCACCCCUGAAGUUCCAGAGAAGGUUUCGGAGCCUGUGCCGGAGGUACUGAAAGAGAAUGACAAGGAAGAAGCACAGAAACAAGGAGACAAAAGCGGGAACCCUGCAGGAACAGACGCAUGGACGAAGACCUUGGGGAAGCAAAAAGGAAACGGCUCUGUGGCGCCACAGGAACAGAGCCACAACUUGAUUGAAGUGGCAACCGAAGCUCCUUCGAAAAAACCAGGAGGUUAUUUCACAGCUCCCGCUCAACCAGACCCUGACGACCAGUUCAUCAUACCACCAGAGCUGGAGGAGGAGGUGAAGGAGAUCAUGAAACAACAUCAGCAGGACCAACAGAGACCAGUCAAGAGUGAGCGGCCAGUGGACUACUACGACACACCGCUCUGAGACAGCACUCGCCGUAGAUUACUGUGAGGUGACCACUUAGGAAAGGAAUAGCUCACACAAAUAUAAAAUUUUGGUUAUCAUUUGUUCACCCCAUGUCGUUUAUAACUCGUAUGCUGGUAAUUUGUCAGUGGAACACAACAAUAGAAGUUUAACAAUGACAAUUUUUUAUACAAUGACAGUUCAUAGUGACCACAUCUGUCAAGCUAAAAAAACACAUAAGACUUAAAAAGUACUGUACCUUAUAUCAUAAAUGACUACAGCUUUACUAUUCCAAGUCUUCCAAAGUCAUAUAAUAGCUUUGUGUGAGGAACAGACCAAAAUUUAAGUCAUAAUGUGAAACCCAAAGUGUACCUUGUUUAGAUGCGAAUGCUAGGCGUCUGCAGACAGGACUUGUGAUACAAAUUUCGUACAGAGUGCUCGCACUUAACAUGUGCUGCCCGAUUGUUCUAACCAUGCAUACUCUGAAUGCGUAUGCACCUGGAAUUAUUUGCACGAAUUAGUGGGUCCAAAGGGUGGCAACACUCACAAUUGAGCCAUUGCUUUCACAAAGAAGUGCAAUAAAAAAUGGCCCAAAACAGAUUUUGUUCUACUGUUGGUAAUAACCGAAGAUUAUGCCCCAUUUUUUAUUCUGGUCUUGAUUGUGGGGUGGGCACGAGCUUCAAUAAAGGGCAAUAUUUUUAGUGAAUAACAACUUAUAUUUGACACAAAGAUUUUGAAUGGCUUCAGAAUCAUAUUCUGCCCUGUUGGAGCUUGACAGACGUGGUCACUGUAAAGAUGUAUGGAAAAGAGCUGUGUAAAGAUUCUUUAAAAAAAUCUUUUCUGUAAAAAUAACUGCAGAUGGGUUUGACAUGACAUGAGGGAGAGUAAAUAAUGACAGAAUUUAAAUUUCUGAGAGAACACAGCACUCAGCACAGUAUCCAGUCAAACAUGCUCUGCAAGAGACCAAUACGAAGCUAUGAAUCAUCUAACACGCUAACAUGUCAGACCUUUGAUCUAAAAGGUCACCAGACUGGAUCAAACAUGCAAUGUAUGAUGCCACUUCCUGCCAAGUCAACCAAUAAAAACUCAACCGAUCCCUUUAAGAGAACACACAAGAGUGACCUGUGCUCGACCGUGCCUCACCCGUUCAAGAUUUUCACUAGCGUUUUAAGAGCAGUUCACUACUGAUUACUGACUGUUUAACAUUUAUUUACCUUAAACCGAUAACUAUAUAAUUCAACACUAGUAUUGCAAUGUGUCUUUACCAAUGACGAAACUAUGAAUAUUUUGAUUUUUGUUUUUAGUUACCAUAUCUUUUAUGCGAGAAAAGCUACGACAGACUUUUUAAAUCGAUUUAAAAAAAGAAAUAAAAUUGCGUUAACGUAAAUUGUGUUGUACGGUACACACUAGUAAUACCACGAUUAACUGUUGUAGAUAGAGCACUUAAAGUAAUACUGUGUCUCUUCAGUAAAUCAGGGCUUCAGGCCUCUAUAAAAACUAGAAAUUUAGUGGAAAUUUGAAAGACUAACUCCUAGGAGUUGCUUACUCUUUUAUGGUGACUUCGUCACUUUUUUACUAAUCUUCUCUGCGAGAAAUGGUGAUUUUUUUUUUCUCUCUCUCUUUCCAAUGAUUGUAAAUAAGAAAAAUAUUGUAUACCAAUGCUUUUUAAGGGAACUACGUGUGUAGAAAAAGAUGACCAUUCAUGCAUACAUGCCAAUAGAAGUAUAUGUAUCAGAAACAUAUACAUACACCAGAUGGAAAUGAACUGCGCAUUAUGACAUUACUCACUGAUUAAUGAGCCUUACACACACACAACUCAUCCACAUCACACCAGCAUGACUGUCAAGUCCUGUAAUGCAAACCAAUUUAUCUGUAAGCAAUUGUUCUCCAUCCGACCACUCAAAAAGUUCCUGGUUUGUUAUACAGUAAUAAAUCUUUAAAUUUAUGAUUACAAA